CCAUUUCAACCUAAAACAUACUAAUAAUAAUAAUAAUAAUAAACUCAUAUUUUUUAUAUCACAUAUAAAAAAUCAAUUCAAAUUGACAUAAAAGACAACAACAGUUGUUGAUUGUAUUGUUGACUUCAUAGUUAUUAUUAUCACCAAAUGAAUUGAUCCACUAAUGAAUCGAUAUAUUAAUAUGCAUUUGCCAUACAAUUAAAUACAACUAAUUGUUUUGGUUUUUAUUAUAUUUAGUUAUAGUGUGUCUGUCUGUGUGUGUGUUUGUGUUUGUAUGUAUCCAUUGCUUUAUGUAUUAUAAUAAUUAUAAUGAUCAUCAUUUAAACAUACAUAUAUGUAUAAGCAUUUUUAGCAAGCUCAUAAUUUUAUGCUAGUGUGUUUUUUUAAUAAAUAAUAAUAAUAACCAUCAAUUGAGUUAUCAUAAAUUGAUCCAGUGAAAUUAUCAUUAAUAUUAUUAUUAUUACCAAUUAUUCAGUGAUAGGAUAUAUUAAUAAUUAAUAAUAUCUUUGAUUUCAUUACAUAUCGCUUUUACUGUUGAUUUUUUUGUUGUUGGUAUUGAUAUAACCAUAAGAUAUCAUAUGUAUCGUUAAAUUUCUGGUCAUAUUUUGUAUCAUAUGGUGGACCGAAAUGCAGAGAUUAUGACCGAAUAUAAGCUGGUCGUUGUCGGCGCCGGAGGCGUUGGCAAAAGUGCCUUAACUAUACAAUUGAUUCAAAACCAUUUUGUCGAUGAAUAUGAUCCAACAAUCGAGGACUCGUACAGAAAGCAAGUGGUCAUCGAUGGCGAAACAUGUUUGCUGGACAUACUGGACACUGCCGGUCAAGAGGAGUACAGCGCAAUGCGUGACCAAUAUAUGCGAACCGGAGAGGGUUUCCUAUUAGUGUUUGCUGUUAAUAAUGCCAAGUCUUUUGAGGACAUCUCUAUGUAUAGGGAACAGAUAAAGCGCGUCAAAGACGCCGAUGACGUGCCGAUGGUAUUAGUGGGCAAUAAAUGCGAUUUACCGACCCGUGCGGUGGACAUGCGGGCGGCCAACGAGGUGGCCAAAAACUAUGGCAUACCAUUUGUCGAAACAUCGGCUAAGACCAGGAUGGGUGUCGACGACGCUUUCUAUACAUUGGUCAGAGAAAUACGCAAAGAUAGGGAUCGCAAAGGCAAAGACAAGAAGAAACACCGGGAAAAGGGACGCAAAAAGAAGUGCUGUAUUAUAUAGUUAUUAAUUGAUUAUUAAUAUUUGAUUAUUAUUAGUAAUUAUAUAAAUAUAUUAUAAACCAAUUAAUUACGAGAGAGAGAGAAAUAGAGAGAGAAAGAGUAAGAAUAAGAGGAGACGAAACUUUUGACGAUUUAAAUAACCAUUUUAUUAUUAUUAUUAUU